AUGGAUGAUGAUUUAUACAUGGAGUAUGCAAAGAUGAGACUUGGCAGACAAGCCAAGAUCUUUUGGGAAAAUGAGAGCUACGCAGCAUAUCGACGAGGGCAGCCCAUCACAUCAUGGGUUGAUAUGGCAUCACGCUUGAGGAACAAGUAUGUUCUUUGA